AUGCCCGAAUUAUUUGCGAACCUCGCAACACCCCCGUCAUCCCAGCAGGCCCAAAUCCCACAGCCGCGAGCAGACAUCUCACACCCCCCUGCAGCGCCAAUGACUGCUUACAAUCAACCUGUAAACCCGAUCAGGCAUUCGCGGGCAGAAUUCAUCACGGAAGACCUCACGAAAGAAAAGCCCAAGUAUGGGGUAUAUGUGCAGUCGACACCGAACAACACCAUCGUCACCCUCACGCGGCCGAACGGGAAUCCUAUCCUGACGCUUUCCGGUGGGAAAGUGGGGUAUAAAGGCGCGAACAAGGCUACAUUCGAGGCGUCGUCGAAGUGUGCUAUGGGGGUCUUCGAGGCGCUCGCAAAGGAGCAGGAGAAGGAGGACUUGCGGUGGGAGCUGUUUGUGAGCGGCUUUGGGUCUGGGCGGGACGCGUUCCACAAGGCGUUGAUGGCUGCCGACCCAACAAUCAAGGCGGCGCUGAGGCGCAUCACAGACAGGACACCCAUUAAAAUUGGAGGAACGCGGGCACAGAAGAUGAAACGUCGGUAG